GGUAAUACCCAAUGGAACCCUUUCGAUUGAAAGCAAACUAUCGCUGCGUUCCGAUUCUGCAGCAGUUCUACACCGGCGGGCCCUUCGUCGUCUCAUCGGACGGCUCCUUCAUCGCAUGUGCAUGUGGCGACUCCAUCAAGAUCGUCGAUUCCGCCAAUGCAUCCAUUAGGUCGACCAUCGACGGCGACUCCGAAACAGUAACCGCCUUGGCUCUCAGCCCAAACGAUACCCUACUAUUCUCUUCCAGCCACAGCCGCCAAAUCAGGGUUUGGGACUUGUCCACACUCAAAUGCGUGCGCUCGUGGAAGGGUCAUGAUGGUCCCGUUAUGUGUAUGGCGUGUCACCCUUCUGGGGGGUUGCUUGCUACUGGGGGAGCUGAUAGGAAGGUCCUCGUAUGGGAUGUGGAUGGUGGCUAUUGUACUCAUUACUUUAAAGGUCACGGUGGAGUUGUUUCUUGUGUUAUGUUCCAUCCCGAUCCGGAGAAACAACUUCUUUUUUCUGGCAGUGAUGAUGGUGGAGAGAAUGCAACUGUUAGGGUUUGGGAUGUUUCCAAGACCAAGAAAAAGAACUGCAUUGCAACACUGGAUAAUCAUCGCUCGGCCGUUACUUCUAUGUCAGUAUCUGAAGAUGGAUGGACAUUGCUUAGUGCUGGAAGAGAUAAGGUUGUAACAUUGUGGGAUCUUCAUGAUUAUAGCAACAAGAAGACUGUCAUCACAAAUGAGGCAGUUGAAGCUGUUUGUGUAAUUGGUGCUGGAAGUCCUUUUGCUUCAUCUCUUGAUUCAUAUCGUCAAAAUGCAAAAAAAGGAGCUGGCUCGCAAGCAUUCUAUUUUGUUACAGUUGGUGAACGAGGCAUUGUGCGCAUAUGGAGUUCUGAAGGUGCAGUUAGCAUGUUUGAGCAAAAGGCCUCAGAUGUCACAGCCAACAUAGAUGAAGAUGGGUCACGUAGGGGCUUUACUUCUGCUGUUAUGCUUGCCUCAGAUCAAGGAUUGCUUUGUGUGACUGCAGAUCAGCAGUUUCUGUUUUAUUCUCUGGAAUGCACUGAAGAGUUGUUGCAAUUAAGUCUAACCAAAAGACUUGUGGGAUAUAAUGAAGAGGUUGUGGAUAUGAAGUUUAUUGGGGAUGAUGAAAAAUUCCUUGCUCUUGCUACAAAUAUUGAACAGGUUCGAGUUUAUGAACUUGCAUCCAUGUCUUGUUCCUAUGUCUUAGCUGGUCAUACUGAAAUUGUUCUAUGCCUUGACACCUGUGUAUCAAGUUCUGGAAGAACACUAAUUGUGACUGGAAGUAAAGACAACACUGUUAGGUUAUGGGAAUCAGGAAGCACAAGCUGCAUUGGAGUUGGUAUAGGUCACAUGGGAGCUGUUGGAGCCAUUGCCUUUUCAAAAAGAAAGCGAGACUUCUUUGUCAGUGGCAGUAGUGAUCAUACUCUUAAGGUGUGGAGUAUGGAUGGUCUCUCUGACAAUAUGACAGCACCGAUUAAUUUAAAAGCAAAAGCUGUUGUCGCAGCUCAUGAUAAAGAUAUUAAUUCUGUAGCUGUUGCUCCAAAUGAUAGUUUAGUAUGUAGUGGUUCUCAGGAUCGUACAGCUUGUGUUUGGAGACUUCCAGAUUUAGUAUCGGUAGUUGUAUUUAAAGGGCAUAAAAGGGGAAUUUGGUCUGUAGAAUUUUCUCCUGUUGAUCAAUGUGUCAUAACAGCAUCUGGCGAUAAGACAAUAAGGAUAUGGGCUAUAUCUGAUGGCUCAUGUUUGAAGACAUUUGAAGGACACACUUCAAGUGUGUUAAGAGCAUUUUUUGUUACUCGUGGAACACAAAUUGUUUCCUCUGGUGCUGAUGGCUUAGUAAAGCUGUGGACUGUAAAAACUAGUGAAUGUGUUGCCACUUAUGAUCAUCAUGAAGACAAGGUUUGGGCCUUGGCUGUAGGUAGGAAAACAGAAAUGCUUGCAACUGGUGGCAGUGAUGCUGUUGUCAAUCUAUGGUUUGAUUCCACUGCAGCUGACAAAGAAGAAGCUUUCCUUAAAGAGGAAGAGGGGGUUUUGAAAGGUCAAGAGCUAGAGAAUGCCGUCUCAGAUGCUGACUAUACUAAAGCAAUCCAAAUUGCAUUUGAACUGCGCAAACCCCAUAGACUUUUUGCGUUAUUUGCACAACUUUGCAGGAAGAGAGGGACUGAAGAUCAUAUUGACAAAGCACUUAAAGCCAUGGGUAAUGAAGAGCUUCGAAUGCUAUUUAACUAUGUUCGAGAAUGGAAUACAAAACCAAAACUCUGUUAUGUUUCACAGUUUGUGCUUUUCAGAGUUUUCAACAUCUUUCCUCCAACAGAUAUUGUUCAGAUUAAAGGGAUUGGUGAACUUCUUGAAGGUCUUAUCCCAUAUAGUCAGAGGCACUUUGGCAGGAUUGACAGACUUGUUAGAAGCACAUUUUUAUUAGACUACACACUCUCAGGAAUGUCAGUUAUUGAACCAGAAACUCAACAGAUAGAAUCAAAGACUGAGUUUCCAUUGCAGUCUGAAAUCGACAUUCUAGACAAAGAAAAUGGCAUCGAGGAGGAAGAUCACACUCAUGAAAAUGCUUCUUCUAAGAAAAGGAAAUCAAACAAAUCAAGACGUGGUUCCCAUAAAAAAGUCAAGGAUUUAACUUACAAAAAGGUCGAAUCUAUACAAUUACAGGCAUAGGAUUGGUGCGGUGCUUUCAUCCUCUCAUGUAUCAACAUCAACAACACCUUUAUCCCAAAUUAAUUGAGGUCGGUGGUAAUCCUCUCAUGUAUACAUAUGUUUAUUGAUGGAUGGAAGAGUUGUUUUGGUUCAUUCAUAUUUUGAAAUCUUGCUGUCAUGAGAAAUUAUGUAAGCCAAAAUGUUGCUGUCAAUUGAGAAGAUGUAAGCUUAGCCACUGCAAUUGUAUCUGUAUUUUAUUCAUUCUUGUAGAUUAGUUUUAAAGUCGUGCUCUCGAUGUGACAUAAAAAUGUACCUUUAGCUGUCGAAAAAGAAAGAAUUCAGAAGCGCUGUCAACUUUAGUAUAUGAAUACAACAGUUUAUUCUUACUCUAAUUCGAGGCAGU